UUAGACACUAGAAGGCCAAGAAGUCAGCAAAAAGUCGCAACGACGACGGAGAAUCGAGGGCCAGAGGGUCACCCACUUGUGAAAAUCUUGAUGGGCACCACAAAGAGGGCGCGGAAAAGCGUGAAUCAAGGACUAGGCGGAAUCAACGUGACUAGGACUAGACAAGGUCAGCGCAAUAUCGCAACAGGGUCAGCGGCACGCAAGGCGCCAUCGCAACAGCAGGAAAGGUUUACCUACCAAGGGUCCAAAGGUGGUGGGUGGUUGAAGGAGGGAAGGAAACAAGGGCAAGGAAGAGGAAGGCAGGCCCUAGAUAUCGAAAGCGUAGGGACAAAGGCAGGGCAAAAGUGGGCCCUGCUGGAACCAACAACCUUAGGAUCACAAAGACACAGCGAUUCUCUUUACAUUCCAUUCACUUUGCCCUUAGGAAACAAAGCUUCAAACCGAUGCCAGCGGUGCGGCGACUGCCGGGUUAAAAAGACGAUCGCUAACUGCGCUGCUGUCCUGCAGAACCAGGCUGCAUUUGACGCUGUUGUGGUUGCCGCCGACGCUCUCAGGAACUUGCCAGCCGACACAGCCUGUGCCGACCAGGCUCUUGCUACUGCUUGCCACAAGGCUGCUAUCAAGGCCUUGAAAGCGGCUGAACGUCGCGGUGUCAGUGCUGCCGCCCCUAGCGCCUCCGGUUGUGCUGCCGUCGCUGCAGCUGCCCCCGUAGGUCCCGAUGCCACCGCAGGUCCCCCUGUGGUCCUUAGUGCCAGGGUCAGUCCGCCUGUUGUCCCUGUCGUCCCUGCCGGUCCGCCUCCUCUUACCUUGGCCGAUCUUCAGGCUUUCGAGGCUUGUCUGGAGACUCGCCUGGACUAUGAUUUCCAUGAGAUCCGUGAGCUCAUCAGCGUGCGUUCGCUCCCCCACUGAACCCAGUCUCCUGCAAUCCAGCAACCCACAACACAUGCCCCACAAAGGCCGCAGCGGAGACCUUACCACAACAGCGCAACAAGGCAGACUACAUGCCUGCGAGAGGCGAGUCUCUUCCCCUGUAGCUAGAGGACUAAAACGACCAAGGAGGCUAUGUAACUAGGGUGGCUAAGCAAAGGCAGGUGCAAUAGAAGGUACCUUACGCAUUAUUACCAACCAAGAAUCAGGGCAAACCUUAAAUUCAAUACUAAAGCCUUAUAAAUUAGACUUUAAGAG